UCAGGAAAGCAUUCAAAGAUGAUUUUAAGGCCGACCAAUACGUACGAAUCAUUGAUCGUCGGACCGAAGUUCAUAUGGAUCAAGAUAUCCAUAAUGCAGCGUAUUAUCUAAACCCGGCAAUUCAAUAUCGAUAUGCUCUCGGAACGCAAAAUAAUUUCCUAACGACACUACGAAAUGUUAUAUAUCGACUCUUGCCAAACACUACCGAGGCAGCCGAUGCUCUUAUGGAGGGUCGAUUAUUUCGAGAAACAGUUGGUUCAUUCUCCGACGUUGUAGCUAUAUCAUGCCGUUACACUAUGGAUCCUGUCGAGUGGUGGUUACAAUUUGGAGGCGAUGCACCACAUUUAAGGAAGGUUGCCGUUCGUGUACUUUCACAGACAACAACAUCUAGUGGUUGCGAACGUAAUUGGUCAACGUUUGCAUUGAUUCAUACGAAAGUCCGCAACAGACUCUCCUACAGACGGUUAGAGAAACUAGUAUAUGUCCAUUAUAAUAUGCGGCUAAAAUUACGAUGUGCUGAGUUGGAUAAGGAGCCAGAGGAACCAGAUAUUGAUCCCAUUGACCUCCAAUUCUACAACGAAGAUUCAGAGCCAAUGUUAGAUUGGGUUGAAGCAGCAGAGAACCAAGAGGAUCCUCUACUUGAUGAGGCGGGAGAUCCUCAGCGUCCUUCACGUUUUAUCACCGAGGCAAUAGAAGAAGAAGAAGCAUAACCCCAACGGGUAGAA